UCCUGCUGCGACUGCGAGCGCACGCCAGGCGAUUCCUCUUGCCGACCGGCGGUCAGGUCGCCAUCCACCCCGCGACACAGUCCGGUCGAUCGUGCUCGUCCGAUCCCUCUCCAGCGGCCGGCAGGGCAGGCAGCAUGAAGUGGAAGCGGAAGGGCUGCGGCUUCGGCAGAGGCGGCGGCAGGGAGGAGAUGCGGGAGCGGCUGAUCCAGCACCAGCAGCAGGACCAGGAGGGAGGCGGGGGAGGAGGGUGCGUGCCGCGGGGGUGCGUGGCGGUGGUGGUGGGCGGGGAGGAGGAGCCGGAGGAGCGGGUGGUGGUGGAGGUGCGCGCGCUGGCGCAGCCGUGCGUGCGGGCGCUGCUGGAGAUGGCGGAGCGGGAGUUCGGGUACGGCCAGAAGGGCGUGCUGCGGAUCCCCUGCGCCGCCGACGAGUUCCGGCGCGCCGUCGCCGCCGACAGCCACCGGUGCACCACCAGGCGGCGGUAGAGAGGAGACAGACCCCGGCGAGUCGUGUCGUGUGCACGCGCGCGGCAUGUCUACGUGGUUAUAUAUAUAGUGCCGUCGACCUGUGCAGUGAUCCACUCGAUCGAUCAGCAACCUCACUUGCAUAAACAUGGAGAGUAGGCCUAGGCCAGGAUGCAAACAAGCAUGAGUGCUUCCUCAUUUUACUAUUCUAGUUUUAGACGAUGAUGAUGAACUUCCAAGUGUUCAUAUUGGCAACAGCUUAAUUUCUCUAUGAUGUUUUAGCGAUAAACUUUUUCCGUUCUUUUAGGAUGAGAUUGCAGCAAGUGUGUUCAA